AUGACUGCACACGAAAUUUCCCCAUUUAUUGUUGAAAAGAUUUCUCUUAUCUGUGAAGGCUACAGCCUAAGUAAAAUUUUUGAGAUGAUUAAUUAUAACAUAUCUGGUGGUAAGAAUGUCAGAUUUGAUAUUCUAUCACAUGUAACCAAUAACAGUAAAUUGUGUGUACUAGAAGAAGAUAAAUUUUUAGUAGGUUUUUGUAUGGAGUUAUUUCAUGCUUCUUUUAUCUUAAGUGAUGAUAUUGUUGAUAAUUCUUUAAUUAGAAGAAAUAAACCUUGUUUUCACUUAUCAAGAAAGAUGAAAGCACUCAGGGAUUCGAGGUUUUUAAUUAGUUUGAUUCAUAAACUACUAAAAACACUAAAAAAUAAUAGUAAUAAACUACGAAAAAUUAUUGAUAAAUGCUUUUAUGAUACUUGUUUAGGACAGGCUAUUGAUACGAAACAUAAGGAAAGAGAUGAAUAUACAUUUAAAAUGUACAAAACCAUUUGUGAAUUGAAAACUUCAUCUUAUUCAGUUUAUAUGCCAUUGGCUUGUGGUUAUAUAUUAGGAGAUAGAGACUGUCCCUAUUAUCUUGAACAACUUACCAACCUUAUAGGUCUUAUUUAUCAAAUGAAUGAUGAUUAUUUGAACUUUUUUCCUGAAAAGACGAAUAAAACUUCUAACGAUCUUGACGAGUAUAAGUUGACGUACUUCACUGCAAAAUUGAAUGAAGAAAAUACUAAUGAAAAAGAAGUUCAAUCUUUUUUUAAUAAAAAGGGUGUAUCUGAAUACAUUAAAAAAUGGAUUUUCUCUUAUUUUGAAAAGUAUCAAGUUGAAAAAAAGAUGUUUGUCGAGGAAUCUAGGAAAAUGAUACAAAAAGAAGAUGAAAACGAUCUACUUUUUUUGUAUAAUAUACUUAAAAGAUACGAAUUAAAUUAA